AUGAACAACAGGUGCUUCCUCCAAAUCACUCUCCUGUUGUGCUUCUCUACCACAUCUCUAUCCUUCAGUUACAAACUGUGUGCACUCCAACAGAGCAACAGCAUUUUGAAAUGUCAGGAGCUCCUGAUGCAGUUGAAUGGGAGGCCUGAAGACUGCCUCAAUGACACGAUGGACUUCAAGAUCCCUGAGGAGAUCAAGCAUCCACAGCAGUUCCAGAAGGAGCAUGCUGCCUUUGUCACCUAUGAGAUGCUCCAGAACAUCUAUGCUCUUUUCACAAGAGGCUUCUCUAACACUGGCUGGAAUGAGACCGUUGUCAAGGACCUCCUUGUUGGACUCCAUCAGCAGAUGGACCUCCUGGAAACAACUCUGGAGGAGAAACUAGGAGAGGAAAACAUGCACUGGGGAAACUCCAUGACCAUCCUGCAUCUGAAGAGCUACUAUUGGAGGAUCCUGAGGUACCUGAAGGCCAAGGAGUUUAGCAGCUGUGCCUGGACGGUAGUCCAAAGUGAACUCUUCCGGAACUUCUCCUUCAUUACCAGACUUACAGAUGACUUCCAAAGCUGA